GCGACUGCUAUGUAAACAUGGCGCAAGGUGAUUUCAGCUGCUGCGCUUCGCCUGCUGCAGAUGUUAUUGCUCAUGCGCUGGCCAAUCAAGUUAACCACAAUGACAUUCAGUGUAUUAUACAAUGCCAGAAGCAAGUGCUUGGGAGACUUGAGAAGACAAAUGAGAUGUUGAUCAACUGCAAUGCACUCUCUGCAACCCGUUUCGCCGUCGCUAGCCAAGACCUGAAAAAGCACACGCAGCUCCUGUUCGAUCUCAAGAAAGACUUGGAUUCUGUCUUCAAGAGAAUUAGGUUCUUGAAGAUGAAAUUGGCACAGCAGUACCCCGCAGCAUUCUCGGCUUGCAACACGGUGUUCUAUGCUGUGGAUGAAGAAGAUGAGCCUGAAGAGAGGUAUCCGCCCAGCAAAGCCCAGGCCGAGAAAGCAGCAGACACUACAGAGAAACAGAAGCAUGUUGGUGGUCAACAACUAGAGGAAACUCAUUCCGGCUCUUCAACACAAAGCUCAGUCACUUCAUAGAACAGUGAAGACUCCUAGGCAAAGAAUGGACAGUGAUCUUGCACCUCCUUUGUCCUGUUGUGUAAAAGUUGUAGUGUGUGAUAAAUCCAAGAGAGCUCUGAAGGAACCUCUAGCCAAAGCAGGAAGGCAAGAAGUGUAGCACAGAGAAACUAAGUUUCUGCAUGUAUGUAUAUUUAUUUGUUUAUAGCGUGAAUACCUUUGUUGUGCUAGUACAAGAGCAAAAACUUGUCCUUCUACCACUGACGAGACCGCUGGCAUCGUUUAUCAUCUUCACUUGUGAGGCGACUUUCCUCUCAAAAUUGAUGACGGGGCUAAGUAAGCGGUAUUUCGUCUCAGUCUAGAAUACCGAUGAACAAAAGCUUUCACAGAACUUUUUUUACACAAGUUCUUUUUGUUUCACUAGCUCCAGGGAUUUGAUCUUCUCAAUUUCUGUAUUGUGCCUUUGCAUUCACAUAAUGGCCAGGGAAAAAUCCCCUUAUGUAAGAGACAUUCUGCACCUACGCCUAGAUUGAUUGUAGUAUAGUUCUUGUAGUCUCGAGACUUCUUAUUGCCGCUAUUGAUCCCACACUAAUUUCAAAGUGUAAGCUUAGAUCUUUACAGAAUGUUCUUGCACUGCAUUAUGUCUAACGUAUUGUAAUGUAGUGUCAUGUGUUGAGCAAUUUUUUCUUCUCUUUUUUACAUUGUUUCUUGUUGCCACCUUGCAACCAAAAUCUUGAUUGUUCGUUGUGUACCAAUUGGUGCACAACGCUUUCCCAAUACCACUGGGACUUAAGUCCCAGUGGUAUUGGGAAAUCGGACAAUCCGUGGGAUAUUGCAUGCUCUAGCUUUCAAUGGUUCUGCCACACAUUUGUCUGCACCUUUGACGUUGCCACCAUCUGAACUGUCGGCGUCAUUUCACUGAUGCCGCUCAAGUAGACUACUACCGUUGAGACGUAACAAACAAAACAUCUGCCAGGAUCUGUAGCUCCAAGCUACUACACACUGCCUCAGAACUCGGACUAUACAGGGGCUUCUUUUCCAACUUUAAUGUAAUCAUUUUUUACACAAAUCUCUCCAGCUGGGUACAGUAUUCACAAGGCUAAAAAUGAGGAGCAGAAGAGACGGCGUCUAUUUAACUGCUUCAGUCAAACCCUGAGGAAAGGAUCAAAUAGGUCCCGAAACAUUGGGACUACCAUAAACUUUAGCUGGUGCCAGUUUAUCCUUGGGAUUCUUCUCCAGCUGCAACCUGGCUUUGACGUCAUGACAGACUUUCUACAAAUGUGGUGUACUUAUGCAAGUGGAGGCAAGCCAGCAGAAUGUGCAUGCUAACGAUGUGCAUAGUGCAUCCAAAAUCUGUGGCCGCACCUACCCCGACUGCAAGCAACUGGCAGAAACCACUUCCCAACACCUGAUGUGUGGCUCUUCACCACACAAAGUGGAGUGGCGAAAGCACCUCCACCGAGGAGAAAUGCCAAGUACAAGAAGUGAUUCUCGCAUGUGGGCAGCUUAAAGGACCAUAUCACGGAUAUGGAGUAUCUGCCUUGUGCAGCCAGGGAACCUGGGAUACUACAUAGAUUGUAGGUCCUGCUCCUCAGACUGCCUUCCACUCCAGACAAGCUUUAUUUCAUUUCCAAGUCUUUCUGUUAGGCUGAAGAGCCAUCUUAUGAAAUAUUGAUUUAGUUAUUCAGGUGUUAUAACACCCUGAUUAGUGGUACAUAGGGAUGGGAGCACUAAUGGAAGUGGAUCAAGGUAACAGUAACUUGUUAAGAUAUGCAACUGAACAAGAAUGCAAAGAAUCACUACAGCAAAGAAUUGAUGCCCAGCUGUGGAACUGCAAGUGGGUCAUACGAUGAUAAAGAAUUGUGCAGAUAUUUUGAACAAUCACGUGCUUAUAAUUUUCCAAAACACUUUGGACAGUUUGCAACAUGUGGUUAGUAUUACAUGUGAUAUCAGUUGGGAGCCGUAAUAAAUAAAAUAAGGGGCCCAAUUUCUUAACAUGCACAACUGAAGAAAACAAACUAAAUCAGUAUACCGGGUGUUCACAGUCAAGUUUUAGCAUUUUGUUAAAAUUCAGCACUGGGAAAAACGUGAAAAUCACCUUUGCAGAGGAAUUAUGUAUCCAGGGGGACACAAGGUGAGAAUAAUUAUCACUGUCAGAUGCCUAAUUAACUGUGAUUGAAUAUUUAACUUUUUAAUGAGUGCAGCAAGCGGGCAUGUUUGUAUUGAAAAGUUGGAGGCAGUUGCGUUUCUACAAAGUUCCACUUGGAAGAAUUUGCUUAGUAUGUAUGCACCCCGACAUAUCCCACUGCAAAGUUUAAUUGCAGUGUUGCAUGAUUACACAUGCAAGACGGUGAGGAUUGGCGCAAUGUUCCUUCCUGAUGUGACGAGCAGACAUUGCUUGCUAUAGCCAGCCGGUAUCAAAAGGGUAAACGUUAUCAUAUUUGCCCUAUGCCAUUGACCUGUUGUCAGAUUAAAGGCCACAUGCAACUGCCGCGGCCAAUCGGGGAGUGAUUUUGCACCAGUGCUCCCUGUCUCGCAUGUGCUAUCAUGCAAACCACAAUUAAAUUUUGCAGCUGGCAUAUCUCUGGGCACAGUCAUGCUAGACGAAUUCUUCCAAGUGGAACUUCGUCGAAACGCGACUGCCUCCAACUUCUCAAUAUAAACAUUCCCGCUUGCUGCACUCACUAAAAAAUUCAUUAUUCAAUCUUAGUUAAUAGGGUGGCUGACAGCGAUAAUUAUUUUCUCACUUUGCAUCCCCCUGGAUAAAAAACUAUGUGCGAAAGUGGUUUUCACGUGCCCCCAAUACUGAAUUUUAACAAAACCAUAAAACUUAACUUUGAACACCCGGUAUGUUAUAAUGCAAAUGCCAUGUGAAGUGCAAUGUCAGAAACUACUAAAAUGUUAUGCAUGUAUUACUAACACCAGCAAGUAUAGUUUUUUUAGAAUGUGAUUCCGACUGUUUAUAAAUCCAUUAUGCUCGGCAGUACACAUACAAUGAUUCCUCUGAUGUGCAGUUGGGAGUAAAAAGUAAUAAAUGAGAUUAGUAAGGGUAAAAUAAGUUCUAUUGUAAGUUAUUGAGUAAGUGAAACAAGGCAAUUAUUCAAUGAAUCAGUGUUGCCAGGAACAGUAAAUUGUGAUAUGUGUGGCCGCUAGAAAUCUUAUGUCAGAACAACACAAUAGCAAUGGGAAAGUGCCUGUGGGACAAAAGUUUCAGUUGGAUUGUGAAAAUAAGAGGUGGACUGGUUGCCACGAUGUUUAGAAUGAUCAGGGGCAGAUCAGAUUCCACGUGAGUCAUGGGCAGAUCUGUGAUUGAUUGGUAGGAAUUUGCAAUUUAACCUUGAGAGGUAGUAUGACUAUCGACUCUAGCACACUUGUAGGUGUCCAUUUGAUAAUGGUGUAAGUGGAGCAAAUUUAAUGUUUAGAAGUGGCAUUGUUCAGUUUAUCAAAACAGGAAACUUGGAAGAUUCCAAACAUUGCCACAUGUAAAUAGAGCUAGGAUCUUCUUCGAAUCGUUUCAUUUUUUUGGUGCCUACAAGAAUUUUAUCAGCACAGUGAUGGCUAGUUACCAUAUUUUUUUGAUGAACUGAGUUUCCAGGCAUCAAGCUAAACAAAAUAUUUUGCAGCCUCUGCAAAAUAUUUUGUAGGUUUUUUUAAAGUCAAACAUGCAGCAUUAGAUCAUGUUUGAUGGUAGAAUUCGGUUUGUUUUACAGCUGGUCAGCUCUUUUUGAUGGCUGCAAUACUUUCAUAAUGUCUGUGGGGAGCGUGGCCUGUGGCUGCGUUUGAUAAAAAUUCAAGCUUUAUUUUUUGCUGUAUGCAAUGUAUUGUUAUGUGUUGCAGUGCUACAGUCUGCAUCUGUGCUGACUUUACACAAGUCAGAGUGAAUGAUGCAGCCUACAUGUUAUUAAAAUGUUCAUGUACAAGACAGUUGCUAUUAAUUUUUGCUGGGAAACUAUUGACACAGCAGGAUAUGCUCUAAUUAAGUUCAGUAACAUUUAACCAUAGUAGAAAGUAAAACUCAAUGUUUGCCCAUGCAGUUAGAGGAACUGGGCUAUUUGGUAACCGAUUGUGAAAAAAAAAAAGAACACCACAGCGGUGGAAAAUCGACUAAAGAAGGGAGAUGGGGACUCAACUGGAAGUCAGCACUUGUCUCUGUCCCCCUUCUUUAGUCCGUCAUUCGCCGUUGCAGAGUUUCUUUUUCUUCAUUGUAGUGGGGUUUCUCUUCAAUCAGUGUGCUUUAAUUCUUUGAGAAAGAGACGCUUGCACAUGUAAUAUCUUCAGAUUAUAAGCAGUGGUGCUGCCCUGACAUUGGCGUAGCUAGGGGUGUGGGGGUUAGCUCCUUCCCCCACACAUACAAACACAUGCACGAAUGUACAUAAAGGUUGGUUAACACCCCCGCCGAAAAAAAGUUCCGGCUACGCCCCUGAUUAACGUAUUUUCUAAUACACUCUCAACGCAAUCAAUAAACAGAGGUAAACAGAGCUCAAGAACUAACCACAAGAGGACAAUGCAAGCGUACAUCACUCGCACCGAUAGGUGCAGAUACUCCUUCCUUCCGGACGUUAUUGAUGUGUGUUGCCGAACAGAACGAUUUGUCGAAACUUGAGCAGACCUUGGAAGACUAUAUGUGCGAGUGUACCGCUUGACCUUGAUAUAACCUGUACUUGUGUAUUUGCGAAUGAUGUUGUUUUCCGUUUUUAUUACGUUGCCCUCUCUGUAAGAACUCUCGCAAGAGAGUUGACAGUAUUGUGAAAUAAAUAA